GUAAGUUUAUACUCCGAUUAUUUUAGAAAAAUUCUGCCCUCGUAGUAUAAAAUCAGUCACAGCCCACGGCUCUACAAGUAGUUCCACAGAAUUUUCCGUCACCAUGUGCUUCUUAGCAUUGACAUUUUUUGGUUUGCUGCUAGCAACUUCCGUAAUAACUUGUCAAGCUGGCACUAUCGGUUACACUAAUUCCAUUCCUUGGACUCUUGUGUAUACUACGUACCCAAUUUAUGAUACUGAAACACUAUCAGGGGUAUGGAACGAAGGCCAACCUAUAGAUCUUUUGGGCAACAUUAAUCCUUUGACUCUAAAUAACCAAGAAAAGACAUGGAAUUCUGAUAACAAUGUAGUGCACAAUGAAACAACGGAACUAAAUUCCUGGAAUAACAUUAAUUUCUCUUCGAAUAAAGCAAGAAAUGUAGAUACGGACCAUUUACCUCAAAACGGACAGCAAGUCACUACUUAUAGAAACUGACUCAAAGCACCAUUUCUCAAGAUAACUAAUGUUAACAAAGUGUUUAUUACAAAUGGAAUUCAACAGAAACUUAUAAAUGCUUAUUAUGCUGCAAUUCAUACACAUAAUGAUAUUGAUAAGAUGCAUCGAUAAGAAUGUAUUUUUUAAAUAAUGCUCUGUAGUGCGGCUUUAUGAAAUAAAAAAUAAAUAUAUUUAAUGAUUCAGUAACUUUUGUAUGAUUUAUAAUUCGAUAACCACGGCAAUCUUGAAUUAGGCAUAAAGA